UUCAUUUGAGAGGAUUGACAUUUCCUUUGUUUUAGUUGAACGCUCCCUUUUCUUUCACUUCUUUCGUCGCCGUAACCUCACCGUCUGGAGAGAGCAGCCCAGCAACUCACGCAACCUAGGCUAACGCCGUCUACCCCGCAACAGCACAACCCCAAUUGCCUCUGCCUCCUCCUCUCUCUCCCACCUUCCAGAUCCUGUCAAGCUUUUCUCUUUCUUUGUCGUCUUUCCUUUUCCUGACGACUCCAGCUUGCCUAGUUGCCUUCCUUCCCUGGCCCAAACCCUCUUUAAACAAAUACGAAAUUAUUUUCUUUUCCUAUAUUUUGGAAUUCAAUUCAGUUCAGUUCAAUUGAACUCCACACCCCUCGAUUAGUCCAUCAAAGCAAAGGCACUUUGCUUGUUACCGCUGCCAUUUUAAAUUCCAAAUCCCACCCUCAUCUGCCUGCUUGCCACUUCCCUACUCCCUCCAACGGACCUAAAUUGUCUGUUUCCCCAGGCCGGGCUUGGUUCUCUCCCGCAUCGCAUCUUCCGGCCAAGGGUUGGAGAGUUUUUUCUGCUAAUUCUAGGGGCUGGGUGGAGAGGUAGAUCUGUUAGCGGUUCUACCCUCUUCAGGUUUCGGCGGAUCCUAGGUGGGAAUUCUCAGCCUUGCGGCGGGGUGCGAUGGAGGCCGACGGCAAGAGAUCCGCAGUUUCCGAUGUCGGAGCGUGGGCCAUGAACGUCAUCAGCUCCGUCGGCAUCAUCAUGGCCAACAAGCAGCUUAUGUCAGCCGGCGGCUAUGGCUUCGCCUUCGCGACCACCUUGACCGGUUUCCACUUCGCGGUCACGGCACUGGUAGGCCUGGUCUCCAAUGCCACUGGGUUGUCCGCAUCCAAGCAUGUCCCCAUGUGGGAGCUCCUCUGGUUCUCCAUCGUUGCGAAUAUGUCCAUCACUGGCAUGAACCUGAGUCUCAUGCUCAACUCUGUCGGCUUCUACCAAAUUUCUAAACUCAGCAUGAUCCCAGUGGUCUGCGUCAUGGAGUGGAUCCUUCACAGUAAGCAGUACUCCAAAGAAGUCAAGCUAUCCGUUAUGGUUGUUGUGGUGGGCGUUGGUGUUUGCACAGUCACUGAUGUCAAAGUUAAUGCCAAAGGUUUUCUCAGUGCUUGUGUCGCUGUGCUCUGCACAUCCUUGCAGCAAAUUACCAUAGGUUCCUUUCAAAAGAAGUACUCUAUUGGAUCAUUUGAGCUGCUGAGCCGGACAGCUCCUAUUCAAGCCGUCUCCCUUCUUGUCUUCGGACCUUUUAUCGACUAUUUCCUUAAUGGCAAGUUUAUAUUCAACUACCAGAUGUCGUCUGGAGCCAUUGUCUUCAUACUUCUAUCUUGCUCGCUGGCGGUGUUCUGCAACAUCAGCCAGUAUCUCUGCAUUGGUAGAUUCUCUGCAGUUUCAUUUCAGGUUUUAGGUCACAUGAAAACAGUGUGUGUCCUCACAUUGGGGUGGCUGCUCUUUGACUCCGAGUUGACUUUCAAGAACAUAGCUGGGAUGUUAAUUGCAGUCCUUGGUAUGGUGGUCUAUAGUUGGGCAGUGGAGGCCGAAAAGAGUUCCGGCAGCAAGAUACAGCACGCCAAGAACAGUCUUACCGAGGAGGAGAUCAAACUUUUGAAGGAAGGAGUGGAAAGCACAUUGAUCAAGGACGUAGAACUUGGCGAGUCCAAAGGGUAGCUCGUAAAUAGGGGAAACCAAAUUGAUUAGCGUUUCGCUGUGAUCAGCUGAGACUUGCUCGCUGAAAAUCUCAGAAGAAAUCAUGAAGUUCCUUCGGUCCUUCACAUGAAGGUUAAGGAAAGAUUGGAGUCGGAGAUCCCUAGACAAGCUCUGCUUCGAUAGCCUGAAUCACAGCAUACAUUUCUCAUGCUUACAUGAGAUAAAAUUGGUCUACAGUGAUGUACAAAGUUAAUGGCAGGUGGAGAUAUAUGAAGUUCAGAAGAUUAUAAAGAUGACUGAAAAGGCUUGUUCGGAUUUCUCUGGAGUAGUGAAGCAGCGGAACAAGGCAAAAGUUAGUUGGCAGUGGAUUGCUCAUAGCUCUGCC